CAUAGUUGUGCAGACCGGGUUGAAAGGAGAGGUAGAAAUUUGUAAAUUUCGUAUGAUUUGUUUAUAGUGGUUUUGUGCUAACGCACAUUUAAGGUCGAAAUUCGUCUUCUUUUCCUAAAAAAUAUUUAACUAGAGUGGCGAUUAAAAACCUGUGAAUAAACUGAACGUGCAUAAAGAAAAUUUUGAAAACGGAUCAAGAUGCAGGAAUCUGAGCCGAAAAAAGGCAAGAGAGCCAGAAGAAAGCGCAAUGAUAGUGCAGAAGACAUUGAAAAGGUAUUGGCUGAAUUGCAAUUAGAAUAUUCUGGAGAAAAACCAGAAGAGAAGAAUGAGCCAGUUGAACAAAGUGUUGAUAAUGAUGUGGAUAAGAAAAAGAAAGAAAAGAUGGGUAAGAACAAGGAAAAAGAUGAUGUUAUUGAUAUUAAAGAAGAGUUGAAGACUGCUACAAAUCUUGAAGCAAAUGAUAUUGAUGAUGAUGCUGAAGUUAUUACUGUAAAAACUGCUGCACAAAAGAAAAAGGAGAAGAAGGAGCGGGAAAAACAGAAGAAACUUGCUCAAAAGAAGAUGGAAAUGGGUAAGCAGACAGAAGGUGAAGAAGCAAAGGAUGCAACUGCUCCAGAAAAGGAAGUAAAAAAGGAGAAAGAAGCAAAGGUACUAGAUGCUACUGAAGUGGAUGUUACAGCAACAGAGGGCGAUGAAGGCAAAAAGAAAAAGAAGAAAGGUGGCAAGGAGGAGGCGAAAGAGAAAGGCAAAGGUCCUGGAAAGAAGACUAUUGCUGCUAUGCAAGAAGCAUUGAAGAAAUUGAAGGAGGAUGAAGAGAGAUUAAAACGAGAAGAAGAAGAAAGAUUACAACAGGAAGAAUUACGAGAGCAAGCACGAUUGGAGCAGCUUCGACUUGAACAGGAACGCAAAGAGAAGAAGAAACUUAAGGAGAAACAGAGGAAAGAAAGAUUAAAGGCAGAAGGAAAGCUUUUAACUACAAAACAGAAGCAAGACAGGGCAAGAGCGCAAGCUAUGCUGAACGCACUUAAAGCUCAAGGUUUGGAUUUACCGGAUGUAGCGGACAAGAAACAUAGACCAGGAACGCGUAUAAGAUCAAACAAAGUGAAGCAACAGGUCAGCGUGGAUGAGAAGGACGAUGGUAAAAUGGAUGAGAGCAUAACAGAUACAGAUAAAGUUGAGGUAGAAAUUGUAGACCAACAGUCAAAGGAAACGGAAGAGACGCUGGACGAUGUCAAAGAUUCAUGGGAUGCUGAGAGCAGCGAAGAUGAACCGGAAGAAGAUAAAUCAGACGAAGUGCCAAAAACUCCCAAGAAGGUGAAGGGAACGAACCUUUCAUCUGAUAAAAGAAAAGAAGCGCAAAACAAGAUAUCUAGGAAAGAAUUCUCGGAAAGUGAAUCGGAGAGCGAUAGUGGCAGUGAGUCGGAUACAGAGGAAAGCGGGGACGACAGUGGUUUAGAAGACAAAGUGUCAGAUGCGGCAAGGAAAAAGGAACGCGCUAGAGAACGAAUACAACUUCGAAGGAUAGAAGCAGAGAAGAACAAGACACUGGAGAAUCUUAGAGCUGCUGUAGUGUGUGUUCUAGGUCAUGUCGAUACUGGAAAAACAAAGAUACUCGACAAGUUAAGAAGAACAAAUGUGCAAGAUGGCGAAGCUGGCGGUAUAACUCAACAAAUUGGUGCAACGAACGUACCUAUCGAUGCCAUUCAAGAAUCAACGAAACACGUUAAAGGAUUUGCCGAUAAGAAAUUCCGAAUUCCGGGCUUAUUGAUCAUAGACACUCCUGGUCACGAAUCCUUUAGCAAUUUAAGAAACAGAGGAUCUUCUCUUUGUGAUAUAGCGAUAUUAGUAGUAGACAUUAUGCAUGGUUUAGAACCACAGACUAUCGAAAGUAUUAACUUACUGAAAACGAAGAAAUGUCCUUUCAUAGUAGCUUUAAAUAAAAUCGAUAGAUUAUACGAUUGGCAAACUAUAAGUCGAAAAGAUAUUCAAGAUAUAGUGAAAAGCCAAACAAUUAAUACACAGCGAGAAUUCGAAACCCGUUCGAAGGAAGUAAUCGUGCAAUUUGCUGAACAAGGCCUGAAUGCCGCAUUGUUUUAUGAAAACCCUGAUCCUAAAACUUAUGUUUCCCUUGUGCCCACUAGCGCAAUUACAGGUGAAGGUAUGGGUAACCUUUUGUUGUUAAUAGUAGAGGCCUGUCAAGGCCCAUUAGCUAAGAGACUCAUGUAUAGUGAAGAGCUUCAAGCUACCGUUUUGGAAGUGAAGGCAUUGCCGGGUCUCGGCACUACGAUAGAUUGUAUUCUAGUCAAUGGAACAUUGAGAGAGGGUGAAACGAUGAUAGUUGCUGGUACAGACGGUCCUAUAGUGACUCAAAUACGUUCGCUUCUUAUGCCACAGCCGUUGAAGGAAUUGAGAGUCAAAAGUGCGUAUAUUGAACACCGGGAGGUGAAAGCCGCACAAGGAGUGAAAAUUGCUGCGAAGGACUUGGAGAAAGCAAUUGCAGGAUUGAAUCUCCAAGUGGCUCAGAAACCGGACGAGGUGGAAAUCCUGAAGGAAGAAAUCGCGAAAGAGUUGUCCAGCGCUCUCGGUAACAUUCGCCUCGCGGAACGCGGAGUUUACGUGCAAGCAUCGACCUUAGGGGCGCUCGAAGCGUUACUGGACUUUCUCAAAAGCAGCAAAAUACCGUACGCUGGAAUUCGUAUCGGCCCCGUUGUCAAGAAGGAUGUCAUGAAGGCGUCUAUCAUGUUGGAGCACGACAGUCAGUACGCUACGAUUCUCGCGUUCGACGUGAAGAUCGAGAGAGAUGCCCAGGAAUUGGCGGAUUCCCUCGGGGUGAAGAUCUUCCAGGCGGACAUCAUUUAUCACCUCUUCGACAAGUUCACCGCUUACAGAGAAGAACUGAAACAGCGCAAGCGGGACGAAUUCAAGCAUAUCGCUGUGUUCCCCUGCAAGCUUCGCGUUUUGCCGCAGUACAUCUUCAACUCUCGAGAUCCUAUCGUGAUGGGUGUGAUGGUCGAGGCCGGGAUCGUCAAAGAAGGAACACCGCUCUGCGUGCCCAGCAAAGACUUCGUGGAGCUGGGCCUGGUCACGAGUAUAGAGUACAACCAUAAGUCCGUGGAGUCUGCGAGAAAGGGUCAAGAGGUGUGCGUGAAAAUCGAGCCGAUACCUGGAGAAGCGCCUAAGAUGUUUGGACGUCACUUCGACGAGAAGGAUUUCGUCGUGAGCAAGAUAAGCAGACAGAGCAUAGACGCGUGCAAAGAGUACUUCAGAGACGAUCUGGUGAAGACGGACUGGCAGCUGAUGGUGGAACUGAAGAAGCUCUUCCAGAUACUCUAGGAUUCACUGUCCACGGCGGAAACUUGGAGGGUCCAACGGCGGGUCCUUCAUGCUGACACCAGGACGAAAUCUGCGAUCGAGGAGUGGACGAGCCUCCUUGGAUCCGUAACCGAUCGUUGUCGAUCGUUCUCCCAAUUUGUAAUAUACACGCCGAAGUUUUCGAUCUCUCUGCCGUUGUGUUUGAUAUCCGCAAAUAAUCGGCGCGCACGCCCGUCAUGCUUCGUCCUGUGAGAUCCCUCGAUCGCCUCGGGUUUCUUUGCACGCACGAUAUUACUUCGCGAAUAAAAACUGACAAUGAAAUAUA